AUGGAUAUAACAUUAUCUCAACAGUUUUGGUUAUCAGAACUCAAAGGAUGUAAUCUCACACGCCAGUUACCAUUACCUAUUGACCGACAACGCUCAUCAAAUGAUCAACGAUCAGGUUUAGCCUCUACAUCUCAAAUCACUUUUGAUGAUGAAAUAUGCAUAUCAUUUCUUAACUAUGCAUCAUCACAUCAUCUCACACCUUUUCAACUUGGAUUAUCCAUAUUUUAUGUGUUUCUAUUCAAAUUAACUCAUAAUCAAACAGAUUUAUGUAUUUCUUCUAUUAAUGCUAAUCGAUAUCGAAGUGAAUUAGUGGAUAUGAUAGGAAUGUUUGUAUCAACAUUACCCUAUCGUGUUGAACUUGAUCCUCAUUGGUCAUUCGAUGAAGUAGUUAGAUAUGUACAAGAAAAAUGUUUAUCAAUUCUUGAACAUUCUCAUUAUCCACUUCAACAUAUUCUUACUGAUUUCCAUGUUAAUCAAUCCAAUGCAUCAUUUAUUGAAACAAUGUUUGAUUUUAUCAAUAUAUCAAACGAAGGUAAUGAUUUAUGCUUGAAUAGUGUGAAUCUACAACAAGUGUUGUUAAAUGAAUCAUAUGAAAUAGCUAAAUUUGACUUUUCAUUAAAUUUUAUAUACAAUUCAUCAUCAGAUUAUAAUCAGUUGUCUUGUUCUUUUGUUUGCUCAAGUGGUUUAUUUGAUGAGACAACUAUUUCACAAAUAGCUCAAAGAUUUCAGUACAUGUUUGAAAAACUGUUUCAAACACAAUCAAGCAACAUUCCUGUGAUGCACUUGAGUUCAUCGAUUAGCAAACUGUCUCUUAUUCUUCCUGAUGAAGCUGAAGAAAUGAAAUUAGUCGUGUUUCAUCGAUUGGAGAAUAUUGUCAAUGAAGCACCAGCAUCAUUUGCACAAGCUCUACAAUCGUAUAAUGAAUCGAUUCAUUACACUCCUCACAUAUCACAAGUACCAAUCUACAACAUACCUUUUGUUUAUUCUCUCGACUCACAUCAUACUUUAUCAGUACAACAUCUUCGUCACGCUCUUCAACUAAUCGUUACAAAACAUCAAACUUUUCGAACAUCACUCAUCUUUCAUACAGAAAACGGUGGACUCAUGCAACGAAUCGUAGACCUCAGCCACAGUAGUAAUUCAUUACUUACAUUUAUUGAAAGCACUUAUACAACACAUGAACAACUAAAUCAUAUCAUACAUGAAGAAAGACAUAAUCCUCAUCUUUUUGAUCUUGCUCAAGGUCUUGUCUUUCGAUGUCAUAUUGUUUAUUAUAAGCAAAUCUCUUCGGAUCAACUUCUUUCUGACAAAGAUCUACUUAUCUUCAACUUUCAUCAUGCUUUGUUUGACUUUUCAUCAAUGAAUAUAUUUCUUCAUGAUCUCAAUCAAGCAUAUACAACAGGUCAACUAUUAUAUGAUGAUAACACUAAUCUGCGUUAUCUUGAUUAUGCUGUUAUUGAACAAGAAAUGUCGAUGACUGGUGCAAGUAUGUUUUGGCUAGAUGUUCUUCAUGAUUGUAAACUUGAUCAACCUUUAUCGUUACCAUUUGAUCGAUACCGUCUUGCAAAUGAACAUCCAACUGGUCAUACAACAUCUAUUUCUUUUGAUUUUGGCCAAGAUCUCUUACAUGCCUUUCUUACUCACGCAUCAUCAAAUAUCAUAUCAUUUGAACAUCUCACAUUUGCUAUUUAUUUCAUCUUUCUAUUUAAACUAACUAAUGGACAAACAGAUAUAUGUAUUGCUAUGAAAGUCAACAACAAUCGAUAUAGAAAUGAACUCAAAUCAAUCAUUGGACUGUUUGAGAAUGUCAUUCCAUUACGAUGUCAAUUAGAUCCUCAUUGGUCUUUUCCUCAAUUACUCGAACAUGUUCGAGAGAUAACAACAGAGAGUAUGAAAUAUUCAUAUUUUCCACUUCAACGUAUUCUCAAUCAACAUCCACAUAUUUCCAAACAUGCAUUUCUCGAUACAUCUCUGGAAUUUAUAUCAUACAAGAGCAACAAUGACAAUAAUGCAUUGAUGAUUGGUGAUUCUCGACUUGUGCCAGCAUCUUUCUCAUUCAAGAUUAACGGAGAUGAGAUGUUAAGUACAUCCGAUUUCUCUCUUUCUAUUUAUCAUGAUAUGAACAUGAAUCAACUAUCAUGCACAAUCAAUGCAUCACUCGAUUUCUUCAAUAGAGAUACAAUAGAGAAGAUUUCACAACGAUUUCAUUUCAUCUCAAAUCAGUUAUUUGCAUCUACUAUCGAGAGUCAUUCAAACAAACCUAUCUUUGAAUUCUCAUUAACAUUAUCAAAUGAACAAUAUCAAAUACAAUCGAUGAAUAACACACAAAUAUCGUUUUCAUCUCCUCUCACUUGUAUUCAUCAUGAGUUUGUACAUCAAGCAAUGCAACAUCCACAAAAACUAGCUGUUGAACUAGAUGAACAAUCAUUAACAUACUAUGAACUUCUAUACUAUGUUCAAGUCGUAUCUUUAACUCUUCUUAAUGAAUAUCAUUUGUUGGUAGGUGAGGUCGUAUGUCAAUGUGUUGAGCGAAGUUUGUCAAUGGUGAUUGGUAUUAUGGGAAUUGAAAUGGCUGGUAGUGUUUAUUGUCCCUUAUCACCGCGGGACCCACAACAUCGUUUGCAUGCACU